AUGGAACCUACAGUUCCGUUAUUUCGACUACCCGAGAAUGUUAUCGUCCACGUUCUCCAAAACAUGAAUUUUAAUGAAUUAUUCGUCUUUUCCCUUGUCUCAACGAAAUCCAAAAACCUUGUGAUAUCCUUAAGAUUGAAAGCUUCUGAUGUUAACAUGUUCAUUUCUCAUGAGAUUUGUGUAGAGGUGGAAAUGGGAGAAAAUGAAGAACCUAUUUUCGUUUUAAAGUUCUAUAGCGAUAGGAAUGCUCGUAAUGAGUUGCAAUCCAUAGAUAAAACUCUUCCAGUUGAUGCGUUUCUUCCAGCAGAAAACGAAACAGUUCAGUUAUCCACUCCAUACAAUAUCAUCGAUUGGGUGAAUCACAUUAUCGAGUCACUUGAGUCACCAAGCAAGAAAAGAAUUCAGUCGACAACUCCAUUCAACUUCAGCAAUUGGUUGAAUCACAUUCGAACAGUAUUCUGCUAUACCAAACCACUAAAUGUUCAUUUUUUCGAAGAAUGUGAGAGAUUUGAGGUUAAAUCAUUAAAAAAUACAAUUGGAAAUGUGAAUUAUCUCUCUGUGUCUAGCGAAGCAACUGAUGUUUAUAACAAGAAAGUUUUGAAACAUUUCAAUACUCCCAACGAAUUAUCUCUAGACAGGAACCCAUUCGACGAAGCUUGUGAUGUUCAAAAAUUCUUUAUUCAAAAUUUCGAAUUAUUCGAUUUUGAGGAUGUAUACUCAUUAGAUGACAUUCUAUUGAUCAACAGUGAACAAGUCGAUCUCUGGCAUCCAAUAUCUCAGAAACAAUUCAAUCAAUUCAUCAAACACUGGAUCCGCGGGUCUAAUCCAAGACUACAAAACAUGUCUGUAUCAAUUGAUAUAACUGAUUCCCUGAGCAGAGAAAUGCUUUUGAAAGGAAUAAAAUAUGUUGAUGUGCCAGAGGAGGACCAACUAGAAAUCUGUCGAAAACACCGCAUCGACAGUGAUAAUCUGGUUAAAAUCAAACGGAAAGAUGGAACACCUGCAGUGAUUGCGAUUAACGAAAGAGAAGCUAUUCUCAAUGUCCACUUCAUUGUUUUGUACUAA